ACACCUGUUGCUGUCCUAUUUCUGCUCACUCCUCUCACUUCUGCCUUCUCCCUCAUUACAUACACUUUUCUUCACUCCACAAACUUGCGUAAAAAUGGGAUUAAUCACUGGCCUCUUCGCAUUUUUCUUCCACCUGCCACAGAUUUAUAAGUGGCUCUUAAAGCCAUAUUAUUUGCUGUCAUUUCUUCUGUCUGUCGCUUUCCUUGCUGUGCGGAAGUGUCCGGGUGUGUGUGAGCACUUACCCUCACAGAGAGAAGACGGAGACUCCUGCAACUUUGACUGGAGGGAGGUGGAGAUCCUCAUGUUCCUCAGUGCUAUUGUCAUGAUGAAGAACCGCAGAGCGAUAACUCUGGAGCAGCAUAUAGGAAAUAUUUUCCUCUUCAGUAAGGUGGCAAACAUGGUGUUGUUCUUCAGAGUGGACCUGAGAUUUGGCCUCCUCUACAUCACACUGUGUGUCGUGUUCCUGAUCACAUGUAAACCUCCCAUCUACAUGGGUCCUGAAUACAUCACAUACUUCAAUGACAAAACCAUAGAUGAGGAAAUGGAGCGGGACAGUCGAGUAACGUGGCUUGUCGAGUUCUAUGCCAACUGGUCGCCAGAGUGUCAGUGUUUUGCGCCCGUUUUUGCGGACCUCUCGCUGAAGUAUAACUGUGCUGGACUCAAAUUUGGAAAAAUAGACAUAGGACAAUAUGCGGCUGCUGCUGAGAGGUAUAAAGUAAGUCUCUCACCACUCUCCAAGCAACUGCCCUCUCUGCUGCUGCUGCAGGGCGGCCGUGAAUUUAUGCGUCGUCCCCAAGUGGAUAAGAAGGGAAGAGCUGUGAGUUGGAGCUUCACAGAGGAAAAUAUCAUCCGCGAGUUCAACUUGAAUGAAAUACUUGAGAAAUGUAAAAAGCUCGGCAAAGGGCGGAGUGAGAAGAUAGAGGAGAUGGGGUCCCUUCCACAAGAACAUGCUGAUGGAGAUCAAGCACUGACGGACAAGUUGGAGAGCAAAAAAGACAAAUAAAAGCAGAAUCCUGGGAGAUUGACGAAAGACUAGAUAGCUGGUUUUGUACCUCUGUAAAGCAAACUUGUGGUGAGAAAGGUUAAAUAUAAAUGAUUAGUAUCAGUGUUCAUGUGUUGAAAGUGCUCACCUUUUUGUUGUAGAUACACCAGUGAGUCUCUACUGGAUAGAACACGAAAGAAUUUGUGUGUCUGUCUGUGACCAUGCAACAUUCUCUUGUGUAUGUUAAAUCUUUAAAGGUGCAGUUUGUAACUUUUAGAGCCUUUAGCUGCCUGUGAGGUGAAUCUCAACUGCAAUGGAAUCAUGAAAUGAAAAUCAUGAUUUUCUUAACGAUCUGUAAUAUUUUUUACACCAUAGCACUGCUGAUUUCUUAAAUCUGAUUGGUCAAAAGGUGUUGAUUAAUGUUAUAUAAUAGUAGCUCUGAUAGCAAUUGAUAUUAACGGCUUGUUCUAAUACAUUACCGUUUCUAUAGUAACAGAUCAUUCACAGGGACAUGUAUGGUGGACAAUCUAGGCUGAAAUUAACAGAUUAAAAAAAAAAACGUGCAGUUGUUUAACAAAAUAAAAUGUAUAAUCGUUUAUAUGAUGACGUUUUCUGUAAGG